AUGACAAAGUUUCCAAACAUCCAGAUACGCGAUGCUCAAUUCCCGUGUGACAAGGAGGUAGUGGGGCAGCUCUUCAAGGCAUACGCACAGUCAUUGCCUGUCAGCCUCGACUUCCAGAAUUUCGACCACGAACUGGCGGAAUUGCCCGGAAAGUAUGCAUCGCAAAAAGGAGGGGCGCUGUGGCUACUUUGCUCCUCAGCAGGGAACGGAGGUGCCGCGGCAAUGCCGACUGAAGGCAAGAAGGCCGGCUUCAGCACCGCAAGACAGGAUGAACAGGCUAUAGGAUGCAUAGCUAUCCGACCAUUCUUUACGACGCCUACCACCACUGCAUCUGCGACAUUGCUAGCACAUUCAACAUCACCGCCCACCAAAACAUGCGAGCUCAAGCGACUCUAUCUGGCACCAGAAACGCGGGGUCUGGGUCUUAGCAAGCCAUUGAUGGAAGCUGCAAUCUCGCACGCGAGAAAGCUGGGUUAUAAGGAGAUGCUGCUCGACACGCUACGAAACAUGACGACCGCGAGAAAGAUAUAUGAGGGCUAUGGAUUUGAAGAGGUCGAUAGCUAUUACGAGAACCCGAACGAUGCUGUGUUCUAUCGCCUGAAGCUCUAA